AUGGUGGUGGAUUUCUACAAGAGCCUAUUUACAGAAAGGGGUUGGAGGUGGGUGGCUUUAGGGGGUUUGGAGCCAAGGAAGUUAAGUGAUAAUUCAGCAAGAUGGCUGGAAAGGGAGGUUGAAGUGGAGGAGAUCAGAGAUGCUCUGAAAAUUGAAGGGGACAAAACCCCAAGGCUUGAUGGUUUUAAUUUUAGCUUCAUUAAGGCUUGUUGGGGUUUUAUGGAGGAAGAUUUUGUUCAAAUGAUCAAGGAGUUCUCUGACUCAAGAGAGUUAUUGAAGAGGCUGAAUGCUACUUUUGUCGCUCUGAUUCAAAAGAAGGAUGGAGCAGUGAAUAUUAAAGACUUCAGACUGAUUAGUUUAAUUAGUAAUCCAUAUAAAUUUCUGGCCAAGAUUUUAUCGUGGAGGCUGAAAGCAGUUUGGCACGAAGUGGUAGGAGAUACCCAGGUGGCUUUUGUGGAAGGUAGGCAAAUUUUGGACAAGGUGUUAGUGGCCAAUGAAUGUAUAGGUUCGAGAUUGAGGAGUGGGAGAUUGGGUCUGGUUUGCAAGAUUGACAUUGAGAAGGCAUACAAUCAUGUGGAAUGGGGUUUCCUUGAGGAGAUGCAGAGGUUGACGGGCUUUGGAGAAAAAUGGAGAGGCUGGAUGUAUGCCUGUGUCUCUUCAGUUGCCUUUUCUCUACUUCUCAAUGGAGUCUCUUUGGAGUUCUUCCAAGCAUCCAGAGGUUUGUGGCAGGGAGACUCGAUAACUUUCUACUGA